CAACGACAACACUCCACGUCCUCGACCUCCUUCCCACUCAUGGAGAGUAACAGAGAGGAGGCAGUACGAUGUCUUGCCAUCGCCCAGAAACACCUUUCUGGAGGCAACUAUCCCAGUGCUCGGAAAUUUGCGCAGAAAUCUAUCUCCCUUUUCGAGACACCGGACGCUAUCCAACUACUUGCGACCAUAAAUUCCGCCGAAACUAGCACUGAAGCUUCUGAAGCGGCCUCCACGUCGAGUGCGACAGAAACACAUCCCUCAGCGUCAGGCUCAAAGCACCGUCAUGUGAAUGGUAACGCCUCGUCAAGCGGGACUGCUGGUGGAAUGGGCGGAGAGAAGCGAGAGUACACUCCAGAGCAGAAAGAGGUGGUUCGUCGGGUUCGAGCUUGCAAAAUAACCGAAUACUAUGAAAUUCUCGCUGUCAAGCGCGAAUGCGAGGACGUGGAAAUCAAGAAGGCCUAUAGAAAACUUGCCCUCGCGUUACAUCCUGACAAAAAUGGUGCACCUGGAGCGGAUGAGGCGUUCAAAUUGGUCUCCAAAGCAUUCCAGGUCUUAUCAGACCCACAAAAGCGUUCGAUAUACGACCGAAGUGGAUCUGACCCUGAGGAUAGGUCUAGCGGCAUGGCCUCUGCGGCAUCGUCUUUCCGCUCUUUCAAUGGCGGCGGAGGUGGAUUUGAGGGCGAGCUUAGUCCAGAGGAUUUAUUCAACAUGUUCUUUGGUGGGGGCGGCCAGGCGUUUGGCAACGGUGGAUUUGGAGGCUUCGGUGGGCCCACUGUCUUUACCACCUCAUUUGGCCCGGGAGGUUUCCGAACAACACGGAUGGGUGGAGGAGCCCGACCUCAACAAGCCAACGCUGAGCCACGGUCGGUGCUCAUUCAACUGCUUCCUCUCAUCCUUCUAUUUGCCUUUUCUUUAUUGUCCGCACUUCCCAACCUCUUCACUACACCUCCCGUGCCAGAUCCUCACUUUUCUUGGUCCGCAACCUCGACAUAUUCUGCGGAAAGGCAUACUGGUGGUCUGGGGGUGCAAUUCUUCAUGGACCCGAACGAGAUAAUGAGGCAUCCUGUGAUUGGAGCCGAACUCGCCCGAGACGGAAUCGACUGGAGGAAGCUUACGACCAACACUGACCAAAACCCAACGAAAGCUGGGCCAGCUCUCGCGAAAUUUGAACGGGGAGUGGACAAUACAUACUCCCAGAAAUUAUAUGCGGAGUGUCAAGCCGGUACAGAUCGAAAAAUGCGUCUGAAAGAGGCUGAGAUUGGCGUGUUUGGCAUUGGGACGGAUUGGGCGAAGGUCGAAAGGAUACAGAAGGAGGUUAUUCCCAGUUGCGAAGAGCUCAGAAAGCUGGGACUGUUACGAUAA